UUCAAAGAGUGAUGUGAUGUGACAGGGCCAGUGAAGAGUAAGGAUGCUGCCAGGCACCGGGGAAUGCUCACAGGUGUUUUCCUUACCGCAGAUGCUGAAACAUCACUUCUACAAAUUACAGUGCCACGGAGGAUUGAGACAAACACCGAUGGUGAAGUUUCGGAAACGCAUGUCACUUAUGCCAUCAAAAUUGACCAGAAAAUUUAUACUCUCCAUCUUGAAAAACAGUCAUUUUUAGACCCUCAUUUCCUCGUGUAUGCAUACAACGAAUCAGGAACACUGUACCUAGAUUCUUCAUUUAUAAAGGGCCAUUGCCUUUAUCAAGGAUAUGCUGCAGAGGUUCCAAAAUCAGUUGUGACACUUAGCACUUGUUCUGGACUCAGGGGAUUGUUGCAGUUGGAGAGCGUCAGUUAUGGCCUUGAACCACUGGAAUCUGCGGCUGCGUAUGAGCAUAUACUUUAUCAAAUAAAGAAAACUAAAGUCGAUUUUUCCCCUUUACAAGAAAAUUAUCCCACGGCUCAAGUGGUAGAUCAGUCCUACCAGAUACUUGUGAAAUCGGAAAAAAAUUCAGAUAUUGAGCUAUUGAGAAGAAUUCUGAAAAUACAAAUCAUUAUGGAUAAAGCCUUGUUUGAUUUCAUGGGCUCUGAAAUAGCAAUUGCAACUGAAAAAGUUGUCCAUAUUAUUGGUGUAAUCAAUACUAUAUUUUCCCAGCUUAAAGUGACAGUUAGGCUAAUUUCUUUGGAGAUCUGGUCUGAUCAAAAUAAGAUUUUGCUUAGUGGGGAUGCUAACGAAGUACUACAAAGAUUUGUGUCAUGGAAAGAACAAUUUUUGUUUCAAAGGUCCCACGAUAUGGCAUACUUAUUAAUUUAUAGGAAGCAUCUUAAUUAUGUGGGAGCAACAUACCAUGGAAUGGCAUGCAGUCCGAAGUUUGCUGCGGGAAUUGCUCUGUACCCACAGAUGAUGACUUUAGAUGCAUUUUCAGUUGUUAUGGCACAGUUGCUUGGAAUUAAUCUGGGAUUAACAUACGAUGAUAUCUACAACUGUUACUGCCCAGGGAUUACAUGCAUAAUGAAUCCUGAAGCAAUGCUGCAGCUCCCCCAGAACAUUCGAGAACUGAUCAACAAGGCUCUCUUCUUUACCAUUGUGUUUGAUGAUGUUGCUUCCAACUUCAUUUUAUCCACCAGCGGCCUUCAUUUUAUUUCAGAAUCCCAGGACAUUCUUAAAUCUUUCAUCUUCGAAUUGCCUUUUUCUGAUGCUCCUUUCCUCACACUAAUUAGGAAAAGGGGAACUGUUUAUUGUUUUGAAGGAUCCUGUAUAGAUAUAAGUAAGAACUCAACCAAAAAAUAUUGUGACUCAGUAACAAAUUGCAGUGGACAUGGGGUUUGCAAUAGUAAGCAAAAUUGCCACUGUGAUGUUGGAUAUUCUCCUCCAAAUUGUUAUCCAAAACCAUCAUCACCAGGAGGAAGUUAUAAUGAUGGGUAUUGGUUUCUAGAGGAGAAAGGUCAAAACAUACCUGCAAAACGACAUGCUGCUUCUCCAAAAAAUGGUCUCUUAAUCAGUUUCUACAUUUUUCUGCCUUUACUUAUUUUAAUUGCCAUCAUUGCUCUUAAAUGGAAUAAAAUAAGAUUUUGGAACAGAGAGGAAACAGUGAGUGGAGGAUCUCUAUCAGAAGACAGCAAUAUUAACAGCAACCAGUCAUCAAAUUAAAGUGACUAAACAAUGUCAAAAAUCCAUAGGUUGGAGAAAGGAUAUUACCAAGACAUUCACCAUUAACUGACCGGAUUCAAGAAUGAAAAAAACAUCUAUUCUCUCCUUCUGUUAUGGCUUAAAGCUUUCAACUUCACAAACAAAAAUAAAUCUUGAGAGUGAAAGUA